GGCGCUGCUCCCUCUUUCUUUCUCGGUGUACCUUGAACAAUAGUUGAGCAAUCAAAGAGUAAACACCAUCCAAAAGCCUAAAAAAAGGGUCAACCCAAGCGAAAAAAGGCAAAGACGAUCCCCAAAUCGAGGCAUUCUAUCAUCUCUCUUCUUUCCCUCUUUUUCUUCUGCACUGUUUCUUCUUUGCAACUACCUUUUAUAUCACAGCUCUACUACUACUACCACCACCACCACCACUACUACUCUUAUUCUAUAUACAUAUAAACCUGCGCGUGCGCUUAGGCCAACUUUUACGUAAGAAAAAUCAUGCAGCAACCUUCCAACUACUACCAACCUCCACAACAAGCUUACUUGCUUGCCCAACAGCAGCAACAGCAGCAACAACAGCAACAGCAACAACAGGCUGCAGCGGCUGCCGCAGCAGCAGCAGCAGCAGUACAAGCUACCACUACUUCCAACAAUAACAACGACAAGGAAGAUAUUGACGACGAUUCAGACGAUGAUAGCAGUAAACCUGGAAACAAGCGAAGCGGACGACGUAAAAUUAAGAUCGAAUAUAUCGAAGACAAGUCGCGACGUCAUAUCACGUUUUCAAAGCGUAAGGCAGGCAUCAUGAAGAAGGCAUAUGAAUUAAGCACGUUGACCGGUACCCAAGUGCUGCUAUUGGUGGUAUCUGAAACAGGCUUGGUGUACACCUUCACCACGCCGAAACUCCAGCCCCUGGUCACAAAGCCCGAAGGCAAGAACCUGAUCCAGUCGUGCUUGAAUGCUCCCGACACAAUGGAUAAUGGCACAAACGAACCAUCCACAUCCAUGUCACGUAUGCAGCAGCACCAGCCGGCAGCAGACAAGGAUAAUACUCGGGCGUACGGUGGUUUGGCAGCGGCUGCUCCUCCUCCUCCUCCUCCAUCUUCUACAUCUUCGAACGCUCCAUCAUCAUUCGGAUAUCCUGCGUAUCUUCAACAACAGCAACGACCGGAUUCAGGAGGUGCUAUUCCAAGAUAAUAACUUUCUUUAUAAAUCGAUCCACACGCCCCUUAUUGGUUUUGUAAUGUUGUCUAUAUUUUUUUCUUUACAUCCACAAACGUAACUUUUUCU